CUGAUAUUAUGUCUAUGGCUAGCAUGACUUCCAUCCUUCCAGAGCAACAGACGAAGAGGAAACGGAUGACUUAUCCGCGUCUCCGAGCCUGAAAUCAGCCGCAAAAACACGUCCGACUUUUUUUAUCCAGAGAACAUUAAACCUUGUCUGAGCGUCUAGAAGAGAUGCUGUGAUGCCGUUUUCCUCCACAAUCUGACUGCAAACAGCCACAUGACCCAGCGCUGCGGCCUGUGAGAACGCCGUUCUGAGCAGUGGGCGGGGCCUGGCCGGUCCGGGGGCGGGGCCAGCGAUGGACAGCAGGUGCAGCAGCGUCGACUCGCGGCUGACCGGCAGAGGGCCGGGCUCGGUCAGCAGCACGCCGCUGUCUGCCCGGGUGGAGUCGUACGAAGCCGGGGAGAAGAAAUGCAUCUCAGACGUUCGGAGGACGUUCUGCCUCUUCGUCACCUUUGACCUCUUGUUCAUCACUCUGCUCUGGAUUAUUGAGCUAAACGUGAACGGAGGCGUUCAGGCGCAGCUGGAGAAGGAAGUGCUGCACUACGACUACCAUGCCUCUUUCUUUGACAUCUUUCUGCUGGCCGUCAUCAGGUUUGCAGCUCUCAUCCUGGCCUACGCCAUCUGCAAGCUGCGCCACUGGUGGGCCGUCGCUAUAACCACUGCUGUCAGCUGUGCUUUCCUGAUUGUUAAAGUCAUUUUAUCAAAGCUGCUCCUGCAGGGCGCCUUCGGUUACCUGCUGCCCAUCGUCUCCUUCGUCCUGGCCUGGAUCGAGACCUGGCUGCUCGACUUCAAGGUGCUGCCGCAGGAGAACGAGGACGAAAGCCGAUAUCAGUCGUUCCUGGACGCCGUGGAGCGCGCCCCUCUCAUGGGUCCUGGUCCGCUGUCCGACGGGCAGUUUUACUCUCCACCCGAGUCUCUAGCAGACUCUGAUGAAGAUCUGGAGUAUAAACACGACCCAGACAAAUGCCUGAUCCAGAAAGUCUCCUAACAGGUUCCUGCAGACGUUCUGCUCCUCUGGACCUUCGGUUAAACAUCGGCCGUCUGACUUCCGGUUUCAGCCGUUUUCUGUUCUUGGACCUUCAGAGGGAUUUCAUUUUUAUACAAAAUGCACUUAAAGUUUGGUUGAACAAAGAUCAUUUUUUAUGUUUUUAAAAAUAACUUUUUCAACCAUGAUUCACGUUUUGUUUCACAUGUUUUUGGACAGCUUGUCUUAAAUUUACACCAUGUUUACUGUAAUAUUUGGUUGUUUUUGAUUUUACUGUGAUAUAAAUCCUGUGAAUCGAUGAAGGAGCAGUUUGAAGUCUGAACAAGCAGAAGAUUUAGAGACUGAAUAAAAAGUAUUUAAGGGAAAAAGAGCCACACGAAGGAUCCUGCACUGUAUGUAUCAUAUAUUAUAUAUUAAACUGCUUUUAAAAGCUGCUGUAGGAGGAGGAAAAAGUCAAACAAUGUAAUUAUACCGUCCUGACGCAUGCCACCCGAACCGCUUGGUUUUCAUGGAAAGCUUGUCUGUAAAAUGGAACCAAUAAAAGGUGAAACCUUG